AUGGCUGAUAAUACGCCCAAAAAGCAAGACUCCCCAGUCUCUCCCAUACGGUCAACCGAAGGCCAACCAGAAUCUCCUACCACUGCGCAGCCUCUUGACUUUGACGACGACGACAAUCCUACAGCGCCCACUCCUACCAGAAUGUCUGCUACAGAAACAACCUCGAAGCCGGAGCCGCCUCCAAAGGAUGAGCAUGCCCCUGCUAAACCUCCACGACCAAUGAACCCCAAGGAUCAAGCAAUACAAACACUACGAGAGGCGUUUCCGACCAUCGAUGUCAGCGUCAUCCGAGCUAUACUGACCGCAAGUGGUGGCAACCUAGAACCCGCGUUCGCUGCCCUCCUGGAAAUGAGCGAUCCCGAAGCUGUGCAGAGAGAACAGCCACCCACUAAGCCGCCCCGGCCAGCUCAACAACCAGCCCAGAUGAGUCAGUUAGAAGCAGACGAACAGUACGCGCGACAUCUAGCAGAACAGUACGAGCAUUCACAAACUUCGUCUCGACCCACAGAUCGCUACAACUCGAAUCUUCCAGGAUCUCGACCAGGCAGACCGGGUGCGCAUCCGAACCCAGACGACCCAGAGUACCACUGGCGCUCAUUCAUAGAUGGUGCGGGAGAAUUCCGGAAAGAGCUGAACGAAGCCGCUAAUGAGAUUUGGACAGACGACCUGCCCGAGAUCCGCGACAACCUUCGCAAAGGCUUCUUUGAAACACAAAAGACAGUUACCAGUUGGAUAUCGAACUUCAAGAAGAACUUUGAGGAGAAGGACGAAGACGUCGAUUAUACCGCUCAAAAUACAGCGCAGAAUAGAGGCCAACCGCAAGCAAGGAGGAGUGGCGAGUCUGCACGCAGAAGUGCAGAGUAUUCGAGGUACGAUGCUGAUCCACAAGUGAUUGGUGACGAUUUCUCGAAGUUGAACUUGAAGGAUGGCGACCAUCCUCCACGGACAUCGUCGAGACCGACCGCGAACCCGAACCUUUUCAAGUCUGACCAAAGAUCAUCCUCGAAGGGCGUUGCAAGAAAAGUGAGCUUUCAAGAUGGACCACCCGAAGAGAUCAAGGACAUGUAUAGUGCUAGCCCGAAACCAGCUACCACGAAUGUACAGACCACAGGCACAGCAGCUACUGGAAAGUCGAGCAAGUGGCAGCCAUUGUCUGCUGUCGAUCCUUCUCCUGUCGGCGACAACGAUCCUUUCAGCCUUGGCGACAGUGACGAUGAGAAAGAUGCAAAGCCGAUCACUCUCAAAGACGAUGAGGUCGGCAAAGGGAAGAUUGAUACUGCGGCGUCUGUGCCUGAUGUCGACAGUAAAAAGGCAACAGUGGAGGACGAGAAGAAGUAA